CAGAAACAAUGGAAUCGAUAACAGAGGAUGGAUCCCCAGCAAACAACAAUAGCGUAUGACACAUUCGCCGAUAGCUCCGGUGAUAGGCUCGUUCGGUCACGAGCCCCGAGAUUCAUCUUCAUUAUCUCCUCCACCAUCUAUCCCUCAGUGUCUUUCUGAGAGCGUUCGGGGAGAACGAGUGACGACUGACUGCUGAGAUCUAUCUCGAUAUAUGAUCGACCGUUUCUGAAAUCCCUGGCGGUUUGAAAUCCUGGCAGUGACGGCGAGUGUUUAGUUCAAGCUCGAAGGAAAACUGACAAAAAGAAUCGGAUAAGAAGGAAGUCGGAGUCGACGUUCAGGGAAAAGAUUCGUAAAGAGUAAUGUGCUUUUCCUUGGUGGGGGUCUACGGAUCAAAGUUUCAAGAUCAUUUCAGAACCACCGAGUUGCCCCUGCUGGCUCUACAGAGUUCGCAAGUCCACACCAGACCAUCUGAUCCAUACCGCCUCUUAGAAGCAAGAGCCCGUGCUGACAUAUGGCUAGGUGUAAUCGAAAAGAUGAAGACGAACCCAGCACACAGAUACAGCUGGGUGUGAUGUCACCUAAGAUUGAAACUAAUCUAUUAAAGAUCGCUUACAUGGAAUCCAGUUCAACCAUAUACGGGGGAAGCGAUCCUGAUGAGGACUCGGAGGAGCCAGACGGUCACGUGACUGCGAAGAAGAGGAAGACUUCGCUUUCCUUGCUCAGGACCAGAGAGGCCAGGGCGCUUAGGAAGGAGUUGAGAUUCUUCUUCAUGAAUCCGAUCCAGAAGUGGCGUUUUCGUCGGAGAUUCCCGUGGAAGCUUUUGGUCCAGAUCUUCAAGAUAAUUCUGGUUACUGCCGAGCUCGUCAUGUUUGCGAAUUACAUCAGCUUCCAUCACGGCUACCAUGACGAUACAACCAUCACCCUUUCCAACCUGUUCCUCAAAGGAUGGGCCUCCACUCGCGAGGUCCUUUCGUAUCCUCCUCCGGGAGGUCCUAUAGCCGUCUACAGGCAGUCGGAAUUCUACGAAUAUAUGGACUAUGCCAUUGUCAAUUACGCCCACAUCGCUGACGUAAGCAUGGCUGCUUACAGCCACGCCUACGCCAAAGGAAGUACCGAAGUGGUGCCUGCUACCUUUUGCGUAAACGAAUUCGCCGCCUACGUCAGUGCGCAUGCGCCAGGCCACCCGACGCUAUCUGUGAAUGGGACGUUGAUCACAAAGUGCACAGACAUCCACCCGAGUAACGUCAGCCACGCGACUUUUAGCCUUGAGAACUUUCUGAAGGAGAUGAAUUUUUCCAUCGACUUUGAGCUUCUGUCCAGCGCCAGGUUGCGUUUCUUGAUCGAAGCCGUUAGGCUGAGGGUAGAGUUCCCAGACAAUUACCCCGACUGUCAUUUGAUAAACGGCUCUCUUGUCUUAGACAACGCAAUCGGAGGCAGCCAGAUGGUGGCUGAUUUAGACUUGAACAUCAGACCCAAAUAUUGUCACGGAAUAUUGGAACUGAGUCAUCGCAGACCAACGACCAAGGUGAUGUUGGGGAUUCUGGAUUUCGCGAGUUUAAUUGCUUGCUUCUUCUCCAUAAUCCUCUGUGCCAGGUCUCUCCAUAAUGCCACUAAUCUCAAGAAGGAGACGGACGCCUUUUUCGUCAAAAACAUCGGCCGCCCCCUGACCCGCAAGGAGAGGUGGGAGUUCGUGAAUAUGUGGUACGUCACCAUAUGCAUCGAUGACAUCCUACUGAUCGCAGGAAUCUUCCUCAGGGUCGGGAUGGCGACCAAGGACCAAAAUGGUCUUUGGUACCUCUGGUCAGUCUGUGCAAUUACCCUGGGCGUCGGGAACUUCCUCGCUUGGGUCGGCAUCCUGAGGUAUCUCGGAUUCUUCGAUACAUAUAAUGUGCUGAUCCUGACGCUGAAGAAGUGCGCUCCCAACGUCCUCCGACUUCUGGUCUGUAUCCUCCUCCUGUUCUUCGGCUACACCUUCGCCGGGUACCUCAUUCUAGGGCCCUACCACUUCAAGUUCCGGACAUUUUACUCGUCGAUGGAAUGCCUCUUUUCCCUGAUCAACGGAGACGACAUGUUCGCGUCCUUCUUCUCGACCGACGCCCACGACCCGCUGAUCUGGUUCUUCUCUCGGGCAUACCUCUACUCCUUCAUCUCGCUUUUCAUGUGGGUCGUCCUCAGCAUCUUCCUGGCUGUCAUCAUGGAUGCCUAUGAGUCUGUUAAGAGGUGUUACGAGGAGGGCUUUCCGAGGACUGGCCUGAUGAAAUUUGUCAAUGAAUGCAGCGAACGGGCCGUAACCAGGGUCACGAACGACAGGGAACGCACCGCCCACGACACCAUCAACGCCCUCUGCUGCUGUGUGCAGAGGUGAGGCCGCCUCACUUCAGGCCCUUUGAUUACGGGCUCGCAAAAGGCGUAAGUCUUCCCAGUACGAAAAGAGCACGUGAUGAGAUUUUUUGCAUCGAACUAACGCGAAGGAAAGCAUCAUAGAUUUCAGCACAUUCAUUUAAUCCUUUAAUAAAAUGUGGUUGCCAAGUUUUAACUUAUUUUUUACCUUAGCAUACAAACACGACAGUACAUUUAAUGAAGUUGUCAUUAUUCACACUAAAUAUUUCUCCUUUACAUAAUAAUUAUAUCAUUCUACCUUACUGCUAUGUUAAUAUACCUGUCCUUUGAUUUUUCGUAAUUAGCUUAGCUUUUUGUAAACAGUAGACGUUUAAAAAUUAAUAAACAGUUUUAUUGGUCUAUGGCAAAUAGGCUUAAGUAAAUA